AUGUGCCAAAACUGUGUAUGUCCACACCAUCGAAACAGAAUAAAGCAAUUCUGAAAACAAACAAACAAACAAACAAACCUUAGCUUAUUUUCACCUCUUCGUUCGUUAAAAGGAAGCCAAUACCUUGAAAAUGAAGAGAUAAAUAUUUCAGCCUCCCACACUUUCCUCUGUUCACGAAGUCCAUCUUUUUUGAGCCACCUUUGCCCUUUUGACCCUAACCUGCCCCUGCUGAAAAGGGUCACCUUGAAUCUCUCCCAUCCCAUUGCCAAAAAGACAUUUUCAAAUGCCCAAAAACAGCAAAUCCGCCAAGAGAGAAAUUGACGAUGACGAUGUUACAGAAUCUGUCAAAGAUUUACUCUCCAAUGAAGAUACCUGUGAGGACUCUUUCAAGAAGAGCUCUCUGAUGGUGGGAGAUGUUCCUCAGAAUAAGGAGCGGGAUGCUGAGGAGGGCUCAGAGGAGGAGGAAGAGGAGGAGGAGAGGCCCGCCUGGGGAAGCAAGCUCCAGUACAUCCUAGCCCAAGUGGGUUUCUCAGUGGGCUUGGGCAACGUCUGGAGGUUCCCUUAUUUGUGCCAGAAAAACGGUGGCGGAGCAUACCUGGUUCCCUACCUCAUUCUGCUGGUGGUGAUAGGGAUUCCCCUCUUUUUCCUGGAACUAGCCGUGGGCCAGCGCAUCCGUCGGGGCAGCAUUGGGGUGUGGAACUACAUCAGCCCACGCCUGGGUGGUAUUGGCUUUGCCAGCUGUUUGGUGUGCUUUUUUGUGGCCCUCUACUAUAACGUCAUCAUUGGCUGGAGUCUCUUCUACUUCUCACAGUCCUUUCAGCAGCCUCUUCCUUGGCACGAGUGUCCCUUGGUCAAAAACAAAACUACAACAUAUGUUGAGCCAGAGUGUGAGAAAAGUUCUGCCACUACGUUCUACUGGUAUCGUGUGGCCCUGGACAUCUCCGACUCCAUCGCUGAAAGCGGAGGACUCAACUGGAAGAUGACUUUGUGUCUGCUGAUUGCUUGGGCCAUGGUGUGCCUUGCUAUGAUUAAGGGCAUCCAGUCUUCUGGAAAGGUGAUGUACUUCAGCUCUCUCUUCCCCUAUGUUGUGCUUAUUUGCUUCCUGGUUCGUGCUCUCCUUCUCAAGGGUUCUGUGGAUGGCAUUGUCCACAUGUUCACCCCAAAGCUGGAAAUCAUGCUGGAGCCCAAAGUGUGGCGUGAAGCUGCCACACAGGUCUUUUUUGCCCUGGGUCUUGGUUUUGGUGGUGUGAUCGCCUUCUCCAGCUACAACAAGCGAGACAACAACUGCCACUUUGAUGCCGUGCUGGUCUCCUUCAUUAAUUUCUUUACCUCAGUGCUGGCCACUCUGGUCGUGUUUGCUGUACUAGGCUUUAAAGCCAACAUCAUGAUCGACAAGUGUGUGGAAAUGAACACAAAGAAGAUUAUUGAUUUCCUUGGCAAAGAGAUCAAUCCCAGUUUGAUCCCACACCACAUUAAUUUCAGUCAUGUUAGUCCUGAGGACUACCAGCAAAUGACCAACAUUAUCCGGGGUGUGGUGGAGGAUGAUUACCCACGCCUAGGCUUAGACAACUGCGACAUCAAAGAGGAGCUGAACAAGGCAGUGCAGGGCACAGGUUUGGCCUUCAUCGCCUUCACUGAAGCUAUGACCCAUUUCCCUGCCUCACCUUUUUGGUCCGUCAUGUUCUUCCUCAUGUUGGUCAACCUGGGGCUAGGCAGCAUGUUCGGUACUAUCCAAGGCAUCCUUACGCCUAUCGUCGACACCUUCAAAGUGCGCAAGGAAUACCUCACAGUUGGAUGCUGUGUACUUGCCUUCAGUAUUGGUUUACUGUUUGUCCAGCGAUCUGGGAACUACUUUGUGGCCAUGUUUGACGACUAUUCUGCCACUCUGCCUCUCCUCAUCGUGGUUCUUCUGGAAAAUAUUGCUGUGGCCUGGGUCUAUGGCACUGAGAAGUUCUUUGAGGAUUUAAAGGACAUGCUGGGUUUCACUCCAUACCGCUUCUAUUACUACAUGUGGAAGUUUGUGACACCAGUGCUGCUUCUGGGCCUUCUGGUCGCAAGUAUCAUUCAGCUGGGACUGUCGCCACCUAGCUACAGUGCUUGGAACCAGCAACUGGCUCAAGAACAAUCUCUCAACUACCCGCCCUGGGGCCUAGCAGUCUGCAUCUCGCUGGUAGCCAUAGCCAUUCUCCCUGUGCCUGUGGUCUUCAUUCUGCGCUGUCUGAACAUAAUCGACAAGAAUGCAGGCAGUCUGUCCACAAUCUCCUAUAAGAAGGGUCACAUUAUCAAAGAGACCACUUGUAGGACCAGAGAAGAGGAUGAAAAUGAUGAUGCCAGUCUUCUCCAGGCAAAGACACCAAUUGAAGCUCCUUCGCCCAUGCCGGCUAACUACCGCAAGCAGAACGGCCCUCCAUUGGGCAAAGACAUCACGCUCAAUGGUAGCUGUGGCACUGGAUAUGUAAUGCCGAAUAUUGCAGACAUUCCAGAUAUGCCUGAAUCUGAUUUGUGAGGACCUAUCCACUUUCAUGUGUACUGUGAGGACCAGUUUCAUUUCAUGUGUACUGUAAGGAACAAAAUCCCUAUGUUAUAUUUCAUCAUUUCUUCCCCUCUGCUAUUAGCCAUACUGGGCAAAUUCCUUUGAAGGGCACUGCGGAAAGGAGGCACUACUCGUUGGGUCACUCCACAUAAAAGUGAGCAGCUGUGUGAAGGGCCCUUCCAAAAGACCGUUAGCGAAGUGUACAUGCAAUGGUCACUUCAAGGUGAUUCUGGGUGACGAGUCCUUGCCAUUCAUUUAAAAAGUUUAGGGUUGGGGUUAAGGCUAGUAAAAAUAGGUCAUUUUAUGUAAGAUGUUACUUGGGAUUUUGUGGGAGUUUUCAAACCUGGCUCGUCUGGAGCAUUUGUAUCGGAACAUGGUGCAUUUUCUCCGUUAGUUUGGUUUAUUUAGGCAUGUAUGAACACUGCAAUCGCACUCGGAUCCACAAACCCGGACCGAUUGCAAAUUAACCCUGAAGCGGUUUGCUUGUGGUAAGAACGCAAUCCGAACCCAACAAACCAACAAAUCAAACAAUAUCCCUAUAUAAACUAUGAACAUACCUGAUGGAUCUUAGGAGACGACAUCUUUAGAUCAGCAUGUCACUGUAAUUCAUCAUCAAAACGUGGAUUUAGCCUUUUGGCGAUUAUAUUAGAUAUAAUUGCAAGUUUAAAAUAUGAGAUGCUUUAUAAUUAAGGUAAUAUGGUAAUUUUAGUACGAUCGGUUCUCUCUUCUGGAUAGUGGGCAGCAGAACACAAGUAGGACGGCGUUAGCAACUUUUUGACAGAUAAAAAAAAAUUUUUACGUGGCUUUCUGCUGUGUGUGUGUGUGUAAAUGUUUAUACUACACUGUGGGGACCAAAUGUCUCCAAAGGAUAGUAAAACCUGAGAUCACCUACCUUGUGGGGCCCAGCCAGCGGUCCCCACAAGGGAAAUUACUUAUUAAACAUACUAAACGAUGUUUUAUUGAAAAUGUAAAAAAUAGAAAAAGGUUUUUGUGAGGGUUAGGUUUAGGGGUAGGGGAUAGAAAUGAUCGUUAGAUCUGUAAAAAAUCCAUAAAAUGCAUGGAAGUCUAUGGAGAGUUCCCACAAUGAUAUAAAAACAAGUUUGUGUGUGUGUGUGUGUAAGGGAGACAGGGAGAGCUCUGUUACUGCGAGAAAAGGCACUUUAAUGCAAAUAAUGCAAAAGCAACUAAUGAAGGAUAAAAAUAAACAUUACAUAAAUUUUACAACUCAUAUCCAUCCGAGUGAAGGAAAAUGUUUAUUUGCCGUUCAACCUCUGGCUGGAACGCGCAUUCUGUACCGUGCGGUGACAUUUUGCAUAACUGUGACAUUAACAAUACUUUAAAAAUUUGUAAUGGUUGACACAUUUUUACAGGUAUAUAAUUUUAACCCAAGAACAGCACAGAAACAUUGUGACCAGUGAGGGGAUAGCAUGUUCACUGACUGUUAUUAACACACUUUUGAUCCGUUUUGAAAUAUUGCCUUGUGAAAGCGAACCAAACCAAGGAGAAAAUGCAACAUUGCUUCAAUUUUAGCUUCUGUUUUAGAACAAAUCAAACAUGCUACAGGUCUGAAAAUGCCCUGAAACCCUCAGUCGCCCUUCCAGAAGACAAUUAGUGAAGUGUACAUACAGUACAAUGGUCACUUCAGGGUGUACCUCACGUAGUAAUCACAAGUAAUUUUUAAAAGGUUAGGGUAAGGAUUAGGGUUGGGGUAAGCUUUAUUAAAAAUAGGUCAUUUAUUUAAGAUAUUACCUGGGAUAUUAAAACCCUCAUUUGGUCUCAUGUACCCAGGGACCAUCAAUGGAAAAUAUUCCUUACAUAUUUAUAUAUUUUCAUGUUUUCUUAUUUUCUUAAAUGUUUAAUGCUAUGCUAUCAGGGUAACAUUUAAAUUCAAAAUAAAGUGAAAUGAGCAGGGCAUAGUGAUGCUCAAUUUAAAAUGGAAUUUGCCCAUCUGCUGCAUCCAGCAGUGUCCCACCAAUCAACAUGUCAUUCAUCUCUUUUACCAGUCGUAAUCAGUCUCCCUCUCUCAUCUGUCCAAUAACCUCACUCCCGCCCAUAUUUAACCUUCAGUUUGAACAGCCAUCUUCACAAUUCUCUUUCUCCUACACUGGUCCAGAUAAAGGUCUAAAUAUUUCAAAUUGUAUUAUAUGUCUGUAGCAAGCAUUGAUUCACCCCUGAUCCCCAUACCACCCCGAACCCAUUGCCCCAACUGUUGCACGCACUUACGCGCCUCUGUUCAUCUGUAGGGGCCUGUAGACCCCUGAUUUAUGCUCUACUGUAGAAUGGCUUGGCCUAUUUGUACAAAAAGAUUAUGUUGCAAGUCAGGGCAUUUACUGUCCACCCAAAACGAGAUUAGAAGUAGUUUAGCAGCUUUGGAAAUGUCUAGAAUGUAUGCGUAAAAUGUGAAAAACAUGCAGUACUUUUUUUUUUAUGUAAUCAUUGUGCAUCAGUGUUUGGACUGCAUUUAAAACAACCCUAACUCCUCAUUCUACAACUGUGUGCCUAACUAAUUCUAAAAUGUUAAUAGAAUACAAGGUGAAUGUUGUGCAUUUAAGGUAUUCUGUAAAUAUAUGAAUAAAUUAUCAGAAUAUAGUUUGGAUAACAGAUCAUGUUGAUUUUGGUAAGAAGUGCUUAAUCCAGAACGCUGACUUGUUUUGUUUGUAUGUUUGCUGAUGUGCUAUCAAUGUAAAGUGCUGUACUGUAUACUCUGCCCACUUCCUGUAAAUAUUUUUUCAUAAAUUUGCUCAACGCGGUGUUUACUUUCUCAGUAUUGAGAUUAAAAGAAAGGA